AUGAGCGCCGAGAAAACCAUCUUCAAGACAAUGCUGACCGACCGCUCCUCUUCCUCGCAGGCCACCUACUCGGGCGUGCCAGUCUACGAGUGCAUCAUCAAGGACGUCGCCGUCAUGAGGAGACGCUCCGACAGCUGGCUCAACGCAACUCAGAUCCUCAAGGUCGUCGGCCUCGACAAGCCGCAGCGCACGCGUGUCCUCGAACGCGAGAUCCAGAAGGGCAUCCACGAAAAGGUGCAGGGCGGCUACGGCAAAUACCAGGGCACAUGGAUUCCCCUCGACAUCGCCAUCGAGCUCGCAGAGCGCUACAACAUCCAGGCGCUCCUCGCCCCCAUCACCACCUACGUCCCCUCCGCCACCGAUUCGCCCCCGCCCGCUCCCAAGCACACCAUCUCCACAUCCAACCGCUCCAAAAAGGUGCUCUCCGCAGACGCAGGCGCCCUCGGCCGCUCCCGUCGCGCCACCAGCAUCGAGACCGAAUCCGAGGCCAUCGGCGCCACCCAGAACAACGCCUCCGAGGGCAGCAUGAGCCCCUCGCCCAGCGACAUCAGCUCCUCCUCCCGCACACCGAGCCCCAUGCCCGCCGAUCGUGCCAACGGCCCUUACGGUGCACAGCAGGCGGCAGCGGCUCACCACAACGGCAGAGACGCCACCAACCAGGCGCGGUACGCCGACAUCAUCCUCGACUACUUUGUCACCGAGAACACCACCGUGCCUUCGCUGCUCAUCAACCCUCCGCCUGACUUCAACCCGGACAUGAGCAUCGACGACGACGAGCACACCGCCCUGCACUGGGCGUGCGCCAUGGGCCGCAUCCGCGUCGUCAAGCUCCUCCUCUCGGCCGGCGCCGACAUCUUCCGCGUGAACACCAACCAGCAGACCGCGCUCAUGCGCGCCACCAUGUUCUCCAACAACUACGACCUGCGCAAGUUCCCCGAGCUCUUUGAACUCCUCCAUCGAUCCAUCCUCAACAUCGACCGCAACGACCGCACCGUCUUCCACCACGUCGUCGACCUCGCCCUCAGCAGAGGCAAGCCGCACGCCGCGCGCUACUACAUGGAGACCAUGAUCAACCGUCUCGCCGACUACGGCGACCAGCUCGCCGACAUCCUCAACUUCCAGGACGACGAGGGCGAGACGCCGCUCACCAUGGCCGCGCGCGCACGAUCCAAGCGCCUCGUGCGGCUGCUGCUCGAGCACGGCGCCGAUCCCAAGAUCCGCAACAAGGAGGGCAAGAAUGCAGAGGACUACAUCAUCGAGGACGAGCGCUUCCGAUCCUCGCCCUCGCGCACCGGUCCCGCAGGCAUCGAGCUCGGCGCCGACGGCCUGCCCGUGCUGCCCACCGCAUCGCUCCACACGUCCGAGGCAGGCCAGCGCACCGCCGGUCGCGCCGUCACGCUCAUGAGCAACCUCCUCCACAGCCUCGCCGACAGCUACGACUCGGAGAUCCACACGGCCGACAAGAAACUCACCCAGGCGCACGGCUUGCUCAAGCAGAUCCAGACCGAGAUCGAGGACAGCGCCAAGGUGGCCGAGGGCCUGCACCACGAGGCUGAGGGCGUCGACGACGAGCGCAAGCGCGUCGACUCGCUCCAGCUCGCGCUCAAGCACGGCAUCAACAAGCGCACACGCGACGACCUCGAGCGCCGCUGGGCCGAGGGCAAGCAGGCCAUCAAGCGCGCACGUCUGCAGGCGGGGCUCGAGCCCGGUGCUCUCUCCUCCAGCUCGGCGGCCAACCAGCCUGAUGGCACGGCGGCAGGCGAUGCGGAGCACGAGGCAAAGAAGAGCCUCGACGCGCUGCCCGAGGGCAAGGACGUCAAGACGGCGAUCGCCGAGCUCAAGACGCAGCUGGGUGAGGUGCAGAAGAAGCGCAGCGAGCUCGUCGACACGUUUGUCUCGCGUGCACGCGAGCAGGGCACGGGCAAGACCAUGGCAGCCUACCGCAGGCUCAUUGCGGCCGGAUGCGGCGGCAUCGCGCCCGACGAGGUGGACGCCGUCGUCGGCGUGCUCUGCGAGCUGCUCCAGGAGGGACAUGCAGGCUCGGGAGGCGCUGGCACUACCGAUGGCGCCUCGGGCGGUGACCGCGCGAGAGACGCUGCCAUGAUGCUCAAAGGUGCUGGCGCUGCGGCCCUCGCCGCCAACGCGGGUGCGGCCUGA